AUGGCGGACAAACCUCAACACGGACCUCCCCAUGGCAUGGAAAAAUAUGAUUUGGGUGGGGCAGAUGAUCUGGGAGCUCUAAGUGUUGCACAACAGGCAGACCUCAAUCAGUUUAAGAUAAAAACACGCAUCAGUAAUGAGUCCUACUUGCGAGAUCAUCCUGAAGUAGAAUGUCUAAUUGCUGGCUUUCUUGGUGAUGUUCUGACCAAGCGACCAGAGAGUAUUCGUGAAUUUGCUGCAGAAUACUUCACAAACCCAUCUUUACCUGAUAUAUUGGAGAAACAGUUGGCUGGACGUCAGGAAAAGCUAAAGCAAAACCAUGUUAUCCAAGGUCUAUCAUAA